UAUAACUCAUUACUUCUACUACCUACCAUAUAUCAUUGAUCUCUUUCAACUAUUAACAAUGACAAACUUGAAGCCCCUAAUUCUUAGCUUCUUUCUUCAAACAAUUCUUCUUAUGAUUUCAACACCAGGAAGCCACUGCAGAACCUUGUUGCCAAAUGAUGAAAAAACGAUAGAGAACACUUGCAAGAAAACACCCAACUACAGUGUUUGCCUUCAAUCUCUAAAGGCAAACCCUGGAAGCUCUGGUGCUGAUGUUAAUGGGUUGGCUCAAAUCAUGGUCAAAGUGAUGAAAGCAAAAGCAAACGAUGGGUUAAAAAAAAUCCAUGAGCUACAAAGGUUGGGAGCAGGACCGACGCAAAGGAAAGCCUUGAGUUCUUGUGCUGACAAAUACAAAGCAAUUUUAAUAGCUGAUAUUCCACAAGCCACUGAAGCUCUGCAAAAAGGUGACCCCAAAUUUGCUGAAGAUGGGGCAAAUGAUGCUGCUAAUGAGGCUACUUACUGUGAGAGUGACUUCUCUGGGAAAUCGCCCCUCACCAGUCAGAACAAUGCUAUGCAUGCUGUUUCAGCUGUUACUGCAGCUAUUGUUAGACAAUUGCUCUAG